AUGUCUGUGGCACGCUCUGGAGGAGGUGGAGGUGGUUUUGGAAGGCUCAUUGGAGGAGGCGGUGGUGGUGGCGGCGGUUUUGGCAGCAGGAGCCUCUACAACUUUGGUGGUAGCAAGCGGAUAUCCUUCGGUGUUGGAAGCAGCCUCCGAGCUGUUUUUGGGAGUGGAGCUGGUGGUGGCUCUGGCCUGGGAGGUGGUGGUGGCAGCGGAGCUGGUGGCGGUCUUGGACUUGGUGUUGGUGGUGGAGGUGGUGGAUAUGGCUUUGGUGGAGGUGCUGGAGGGCUUGGCUUUGGUGGUGGACAGGGAGGUGGUGGAGGGUUUGGGUUUGGUGGAGUAGGGGGGCUGGGAGGAUUCAUCGGUACAAUCCAAGAAGUGACUGUCAACCAGAGUCUCCUGGCACCACUGAACCUGGAGAUAGAUCCAAACAUCCAUCAGGUGCGAAAAGACGAGAAGGAGCAAAUCAAGACCCUCAACAACAAGUUUGCUUCUUUCAUUGACAAGGUUCGCUUCCUGGAGCAGCAGAACAAGGUGCUUGAGACCAAAUGGACCCUCCUGCAGGACCAGGGCCAAAAAAACAACUCAGGCAAAAACAACCUGGAUCCACUCUUUGAGGCUUACAUCAACAACUUGAAACGGCAGCUGGCCAACCUGCUCAACGAGAGAGGACGCAUGGAUGGGGAGCUGAAGAACAUGCAAGACCUCGUUGAGGAUUUCAAGAACAAAUAUGAAGAGGAAAUCAACCGACGCACAGCAGCGGAGAAUGAAUUUGUGGUGCUGAAGAAGGAUGUGGAUGCUGCUUACAUGAACAAGGUGGAGCUGGAGGCCAAGGUGGAUGCCCUGACUGAUGAACUCAGUUUCCUCCGAGCUCUCUACGAUGCGGAGCUGGCUCAGCUCAGCGCACAAGUGUCUGACACUGCUGUCAUUCUGUCAAUGGACAACAACCGGGACCUGGACCUCAGCAGCAUCAUCGCUGAAGUCAAAGCUCAGUACGAAGACAUUGCUAACAGGAGCCGGGCUGAGGCGGAGGCUUGGUACCAAACCAAGUUUGAGGAGCUGCAGGCCACAGCUGGGAAACACGGGGAUGACCUGCGCAACACAAAGGGGGAAAUCUCUGAGCUCAACCGGCUGAUCCAGAGGAUCCGGUCAGAGAUAGAGAACACGAGGAACCAGUGUGCCACCCUGCAGACGGCCAUUGGAGACUCCGAGGAGCGUGGGGAGCUGGCCCUCAAAGAUGCCAAGGCAAAGAUGAUUGACCUGGAAGAUGCCCUGCAGAAAGCCAAAGCUGACAUGGCCCGACAGCUCCGUGAGUACCAGGAGCUGAUGAACGUCAAGCUGGCCCUGGACAUCGAGAUCGCGACCUACAGGAAGCUGCUGGAGGGCGAGGAGAGCAGACUGAGCGGAGAGGGACUGAACCCCAUCAGCUACUCUGUUAUCAGCUCCAGCUCUGGCAUGGCUGGUGGUGCUGGGUUAGGAGGAGGAUUUGGUGGACUGAGCCUAAGUGGAGGAGGCGGUGGAGGCAGUUUUGGUCUUGGAGGAGGCAGUGGAAGUGGUUUUGGCCUUGGAGGAGGCAGUGGUGGUGGAGGAUAUGGCUUUGGAGGUGGAGGAGGACUUGGACUCGGAAGUGGUGGUGGUCUCAGCAGUGGAUUUGGAGGUGGCAGUGGUCUCAGCGUCACAAGUGGUCUUGGCUAUGGAGGAGGUGGCAGCAGCAGCCUGAGCACCAGUGGAGGGAAUUUUAGCUCUGGAAGUGCUAAGGGCACCAACCCAGGUGUGAAAAUCGUCUCCAAAACCUCCUCCAGCAAAAAGAGCAUAAAAAGCCAAAGCCUGAAGAAUGCUACACAGCCCGAGUAA